AUGUUUGAGGGCCUUAAUGUGAUUACUGCGCUCAGAGAUGCGUGGCUUAAUGGCAACAUCAUUGUGAGAGAUGCUCACCGAGCAGCACUGAACAAUGAGUGUCCAGGACCCUUAAAGAGCUGUGAACCUGUAAAUCUCCUGAUCGCUGUUAUUGAAGUGGAGAACGAUGCUCAUCAGCUUGAUUUCAUCAUGAAUGUUGUGGAAGUGUGUCACAGUCCGCUGGUAUCCAAUCUACUGCCAUCGUCCUUCCGAAGCUCCUCACAGUUGUCGGGCAGCCACGGGCCGGGCUUUGCUAAGCUGAACCGGAGAGAAGAAAAAUGUUGGCUGACAUACACUCCAGAGACGAGAAUGCGACAGAAGCGCUAUGAUUUCUUUGUCUUCGAGGAUCUGAAUGAUUUUCACCACCUGGGAGACUGCAGGAAGCACAGCCUGCGGGUUGCUGUUUCCUUGCUACCUGGUGCCCGCGGGCAAACAUGUCCGUCAAGAGCUGGAGGUUGGUCUCCUCUGAGUUCAGACCGAUAUCAGUGGUUGGAGGUUGACCUGGGUGGGCGUACACAAAUCACUGCCGUUUCUACGCAGGGCCGCUAUGGCAGCUCUGAUUGGCUGACGGCCUACAUGCUGAUGUUCAGCGACACGGGACACAACUGGAAACAGCAUCGACAGGAAGACAGUAUAGGGGCUUUUCCAGGUAACAGUAACGCAGACAGUGUGGUCCAGCACAAGCUCCAGCAUCCAGUGAUCGCCCGCUACGUCCAACUGAUCCCCCUGGACUGGAACACCAAUGGUCGGAUUGGACUCAGACUUGAGACCUAUGGAUGUCCUUACAACUCAGAUUUGGUGAGCCUCGAUGGCCGAAGCAGCCUUCUCUACAGGUUGAAUCCCAGGCCAAAACAGAUGACCAAAGAAAGCAUCUCUCUGAUAUUUAAAACCCUGAAGAACUCUGGGAUACUCCUUCACGCAGAGGGACAGAGGGAGCACAGCCUCACCCUAGAGUUAGAGAAAGGAAAGCUUCUCCUGCUCCUCCGAAAAGGCAGGAGUUCUUCUCCCGACAGUCAGCAUCUGGUGUCUCUGGGCAGCCUGUUAGACGACCAACACUGGCACCACGUCGCAGUGGAGCAUCACAGCACUCACCUCAACCUCACCGUGGACAAAAGCACACUUUGGGUGCAGAUCCCACCAACAUUCACCCACUGGGACCAUAGCCAGAUGAGUGUGGGAGCAGAGCAGGGCCUCGGCUCUCGGAGGUCAAUCGGGCCAAACAGAAAUUUCCACGGCUGUUUGGAAAACUUGUUUUACAACGGUGUGAACCUGGUAGACCUCGCUAAAGAGAAAGACCAGCGGGUCACUGUGAAGGGCAAUGUAACCUUUUCUUGUGCUGAACCCGUUUUUGUUGCCAUGACGUUCACCAGCCCCCAGAGCUUCCUCUGGUUGCCAGGUGUGACAGAACUAUCAUCAACGGGCACGACGGUGGGGCUUCAGUUUCGGACGUGGAACAAGGCGGGGCUGCUGCUGACAUUUAAUCUCCCACAGCAAGGGGGCGUUGUCUGGCUGUACCUGAGCAGUGCCAGGCUCCAUCUACAGAUCCUCAAGUCUGGCAGGGCGCCGCUGGAGCUCAGUGCAGGUUCGGCUCUAAAUGACGGUCAGUGGCACUCUGUGGAGCUGAUCUCCAGACAAGGACAUCUGACUGUCUCUGUGGACACAGGGGAAGGAGCCACUGCUCACGCCAGUCCCCCGUUUCUUGUCACCACGGGAAGUCAACUUUUCUUUGGCGGUUGCCCUGUUCAAGGGAGCAGCCAAGACUGUAUGAACCCCUUCAAGGCUUUCCAGGGCUGCAUGCGUCUGCUGACUGUGGACAACCAGCCAGUGGACUUGAUCAUGGUGCAGCAGAGGCUGAUGGGAAACUACAGUAACCUGCAGAUCGACAUGUGUGGCAUCAUUGACAGGUGUUCUCCGAGUCACUGUGAACACGGAGGCAGCUGCAGUCAAUCAUGGAGCACUUUCCACUGUAACUGCUCCAGCACCGGCUACAGCGGAGCCACCUGUCACAGCUCGAUAUUUGAGCAGUCCUGUGAGGCGUACAAACACAAAGGCAACACGUCUGGGUAUUAUUACAUCGAUGUGGAUGGCAGCGGACACAUCGGACCACAGCUAAUAUACUGCGACAUGACAGAGGACAAAACGUGGAUGGUGAUCCAGCACAAUAACACAGAUCUGACGACAGUCCGACCGUCGCCAGGAAAGAACCAGCACUCGGCUCACUUUGAAUACACAUCUGAGGAGAAGCAGCUGGCGGCCUUCAUUGGCCAAUCGGAGCACUGCGAACAGGAACUGACCUACCACUGCAGGAAGUCACGCCUCCUCAACACACCGGACGGUCCUCUGCUCAGCUGGUGGGUGGGGGGGUCCAGGUGCGGACAGGUGCAGACUUAUUGGGGCGGGGCUCCUCCAGGCAGCCAGCAGUGUUCCUGCGGCCUGCAGGAGAACUGUGUGGACCCCAAACACUACUGCAACUGUGAUGCUGACCACACUGAAUGGGCUAAUGACUCGGGCCUGCUGACCCAUAAGGAGACCCUCCCUGUCAGAUCUCUGGUGCUGGGUGAUGUCCAGAGGCCGGGCUCAGAAAGUGCCUACAGAGUGGGGCCUCUCCGUUGUCGUGGAGACAAAAAUGUCUGGAACGCGGCAUUUUUUGACAAAGAGACGUCGUACCUCCACUUUCCCACAUUCCACGGAGAGCUGAGCGCAGACAUCUCCUUCCUGUUUAAAACCACUUCAUCCUCCGGCGUCUUCGUGGAAAACUUGGGCAUUAAAGACUUCAUUCGGAUCGAACUCAGCUCGUCCACCGAGGUCCUCUUCUCCUUUGAUGUGGGUAACGGUCCGUUGGAGGUUCGUGUGAAGGCUGGCUCCUCGCUGAACGACAACAGGUGGCAUCGCAUUCGAGCCGAGCGUAACGUUAAAGAGGCAUUGCUUCGCCUCGACGAGCUCCCCGCUGCCACGCAGGAGGCCCCUGCUGAUGGGCACAUCCACCUGCAGCUGAACAGCCAGUUAUUUAUAGGAGGCACAGCGUCCAGGCAGAAGGGCUUUCGGGGUUGCAUUCGCUCUCUGCAGCUGAAUGGCGUCACCCUGGACCUGGAGGAGAGAGCGAAGAUCACCCCCGGGGUUCAGGCGGGAUGUCCAGGCCACUGCAGCAGCUAUGGCUCACUCUGCCAGAACCAGGGCCGCUGUGUGGAGAGGCCAAACAGCUUUUCCUGUGACUGUGGCCCGUCUGCUUACACUGGAGCCUUCUGCGAAAGAGAGGUUUCAGCCAGCUUCAAGUCGGGAACAGCCGUCAGCUACACCAUCAAGGAGCCGGUGUCCAAUGAGCUGAACAGGAGCAGCAGCAGCAGCGCCCUGCCCUCCUCCAUAUCCUCUGACAUGACCCUGAGAGCAGAAAAUGUCUCCCUGGGCUUCAGGACCAGCCAGAGUCCCGCUCUGCUCCUCUACGUCGGCUCCUACCACAGAGAGUACCUGGCUGUGGUGCUCAACAAGCAUGAUAUGCUGGAGGUGAGAUACAGACUGGACAGCAGCAAAGAGGCAGAGAUCCUGAGAAGCAAAGUGAGGAACCUCGCCAACGGACAGCUACAUGCUGUAACCAUCAGCAGACUGGCAGACGCCGUCUCUGUGCAGAUUGACAAGAACAAUAAAGAGGACUUCAAUCUGACAUCUGAUGUAGAAUUCAAUGCCAUCAGGUUGCUGGUUCUUGGCAGAGUGCACGACUCUGGUGAGUUGGAUCCGGAGCUGUCUCGGCUUGCCUCUCUAGGUUUCACAGGCUGUCUGUCGGCUGUCCUCUUUAACUCCAUCAGCCCACUGAAAGCUGCUCUGCUCCACCCAGUCCCCAGCCCCGUCAUCGUUACCGGCCCACUGGUCCAGUCCAUUUGUGGCUCCACUUCAGCCAAUCCCUAUGCAGUGGAAACGACACACCACCUAUCAGGCCAGUCUGGAUCAGUGGGAACAGGUCAGCCUUUGGUGAAUGCCACCAGGAGUGACUCAGCUCUGAUUGGAGGUGUCAUAGCGGUGGUGAUCUUUGUGACCGUGUCUGCAUUAGCCAUAAUGGCCCGUGUCCUCUACAGGAGGAAAAGGACGUGUCAGAGCCAGGAAGUAAAGACAGUAAAGCCAGAAGACAGCCCGGAGCUGGCGUUCAGCAGCCAGACCAGCUCACAGAACGGUCCGAGCGAGAACCAGAAAGAAUAUUUUAUUUAG